CUUUAGUGUGUGUGGUGCGCGCGCGUGUGUUCGACGUCUGCGGUGUCCCUUUGCCGCCGUUUUUCCGUCGCUCGUUUAUAUAAAUAGAGAGGCGUCCCGACGUCCGCCGUCGUCGUCGUCGUCGGUCGCUAUUGUCGCUUGUCGCUUGGCUAUCUGGCGCGCGCGAACGUCUUCCGUAACGCUCGGCGGCGGCCCGGUCGUUUUAUUAUUAACGCGCGCGGCGUUCUCUACUCGCGUAUAAUAUUAUCCGCGUAACCGUCGCGUCCGCACCGCAACAAUAUCGUAAUAUAUACAGACGCGCGACGCGUCGUUGCGCCCGUACGCGAUCGUUUAAUUUUUAGUGCACAUAAUAAUAAUAAUAAUAAUAAUAAUACACCUACGCGUAGUGUCGCGUCGCCGCGCCUGCACGACGGCGUGUACAAUAUCAUACCGUUAAGGACGUCGGCAGAUACCGUUUUUUCAGAGGACCGGUGCCGCAAUUAUCGUUGCACUUUGCAGGUUCGCGCUUUCCCGUUAACGCGCCCGACCCGCCGUCGACCGUCUCGACGUUUGUAUAACGGUGGUCCGUCGCCGGCCGACCGUGCAGUACACGAGACACGACGACGUCGCGUCGUCAUUGCGCGCCGCGUGCCGGGUACCGCCGGCCACGAUCGAACAGGAGUCCACGCGGCCGCACGCCGCCGUCGGGGAACAUUGGACGCUGCGCUAUCGGAGCACAGCGUGCACACACCGCGGGCGGCAAACGGGACGCGCAGCGAUCGCGUCGCCGUCGUACCGAUUUAUGGAGACGAGCCGACGUCACGCGACGACCGUGCGCCGAGCCGGCGAUGGUGACGGUGUGAUCGCGACCGGCACGACCACCUGCAAUCACAUCACCGCGUCCACUGCGGCGGCACGGACGUGGACCGCGUACCCAAUCGCAUACGACCACUGCUGUAUAGGUUCGUCCGGUGCAGUCUCGGCGCGGCGGCGGUCAUAAAGGCGUUAAAUGUCAUCGGUUCCGGCGGAACGGGUUUCGGAACUAUGUCGCCGCUGGUGGUCGUCGCGGGACAACGUAGUAGUGGUCCGGCGCUGUGUAUUGCGGUGUUUUUAAUUAUUUCAAAAAAAGUAUUUGGAUUGGAACCGGAUACAAUCGAUGCUAAUGUUACGUUAACAACUACUAUUGAUUAUGAUAUACCAGUUCAGGAUAUGGCAUCUGAAACUUUGAUGGCUAUUUCACCGUGUCAUCAGUUUGAAACAGAAUUUGAGUUUUACUCUCCCGGCUAUCCUCAACCUUAUCCCAAUAAUACAGAAUGCAUCAGAUUGUUAGAAGCUGGUCCUGGAGAGAUAAUUGAACUUGACUUUAGAGACUCAUUCACUAUAGAACCAAGCAUUGGGUGUAAACACGAUCUUUUGGAAAUUCGAGAUGGUCCAUACGGAUAUUCAAAUCCAGUAUAUCUCUAUUGUGGAAAUCAAUUCCCACCGAAAAUAAUUUCAUCGGGCAAAUACUUAUGGUUAAGAUUUCGGUCGGAUGAAAAUAUUGAAUAUGAAGGAUUCCACGCAGUUUACAAAUUCAUUAAAAAACCCCCACCAGAUAUAGAGAAAUCGGAGCUUCCGCCGUGUCGUAGAUAUGUGGAUGGUUCACAGGGGUACAUAAAUAGCACUGAUGUUGAAGAUUUAAAGAAUAAAACUCUUGUAAACCAAGUGCCUUUAGAUUGCAUGUGGAUUAUACGAGUAAAACCUGGUUGGAAGAUUCAGCUUAACUUCAAAGAGUUCUCUCUAGAAAAACCUAACGAUUGCGGAUUGAACGUAGUGGAGAUUUUUUCAAACCGCACAGACAUGGCUUCGCGGCUCAAAGUGUUUUGUGGAUCGAUUGCUGAAAUGGUACAAUCAUCGGGGGACACGUUGCACGUUCGAUUCUUGGCAGAGGGAAAGGGAGUGAAAUCUAAGUUCUCAGCACUUUACACUGCAUACCGUACCAAGACUAAAGACGAAGCGUGCGGUAGUGAUCAGUACGAUUGUGAAGAUUUAACAUGCAUUGCGUCCGAAUUACGUUGCAAUAAAGUCGAGAAUUGUCGUUUUAGAUGGGAUGAAGACGGGUGCCCGCAAGAAGACAACCGAUUAAUGCAAUUAUUUUCAAGUUUUGACAUAAUAGUUAUUCUGGUAGUAUUUUUUUUAAUAUUAUGCGGAAUGUGUUCAGCAUUCAUUACCAAUAUUGUCCGAAAACUCGUGCACGAUCACCGAAUCAUAAAAGAACAUAUGCGCCAUUCAAGAGAAGAUCAUUUGGAUCAAAUUGGAAGAAUGAAUGUAACAGAUGAACAAUCACUUCAGUAUUCUGGUCCACAUGGACAUGACUAUCCGCAAAGUGACAACAGUAGUCAAACUACCAAUUUAAUUCAAAGCAAACAUAUUAAUAACAUAUCUAGUUCUGAUUGUUAUGUUCCAUCAGGUGACCUUAUUCCAGUGUUAAUGAAGCACGACCCUCCUCACCUUUAUCCUUCAGUUGAAGACGAGGAAGGUGAUGGUUUGAUGAGUUCCUAUCCAAUAACAGCUGAAACUAAAGAUAUCGAAUGUCAAACUAGAGAGAGCCUUUUUGACACUUCAGUAGUACCAAAAACUGCUGGCCAUUAUAGAGUGAGACCAUCAGAAUCACCUUUCAGACCGCCAUUAGGAUUUUCUACUUUUGGAUAUCGAAAAGAUUCAGACAGUUCCACUGAUGCAAAACCGUCAAAAUUUAGGGCUGAGGCUGUUAUUGAAAUGGAUAAGUUUUCAUCAGAACUAAGUCAAAGGCCUUAUAGUAUUGAAUCAACUAAAUCAGCUCCAGAUGUCAUAGUUAUGCAUUGACUAAUAUACCAUUGUAAACAAUAUUACUAUUAUUUUAGUUAAUUUAAAGUAAGCUUGUUAUUAAGAAAAGCCAAAAAUUAAACAAAAUGCUCAAAUAAUGAA